CUCCGUGUUGGAUUGAAGAACAUAUGGUGUACGUUGUUCCUGGUGAUGGUAAAGGAGCAUCAGAUUUUGCUAUAAAAGCUAUUAUAAGCGUUAUAGCUUCUGCAGUACGAACACACCUCCGUAAUCUGCUAUUGUUGUUUGGCUUCGCUAUGCACAUGCGGGAGACUUCAUCAGUGCGAAAGUGAGAAACCACAAGGUGCCAACCUACGACAAAAUUUGCUCUACUGGCAGCUUUCACUCUUAGACUAAAAUGGCGAAAUGGACCCAGUUUAUUGUUCUGUUCCUGUCGGCUUUGACGUGUCUCUCCAAGAAAGUGACUGCUGAGGAUACUGCAGGGGUCCGACCUGUUUGCACACACAGUGAGAAUGGAGCUACACGGGUGGAAACUGCUGGGAGAAAACGAGGCGUUACGCCGAUAUGCUGCAAUGACACUCAGAGUUUAGUUGUUCUGAUUGUUUGUCAAAUCAGAAUGGAGAGAAGAGGAGAAGAUUGUAGUCUGUUGUAUCGAGAUGGACGUGACUUUGAGAACAAAUGUGACUCUAAAUUUAGACUCGUGACACAGAGUCAGACUGUAUUUCUCCAGUGGAACAGCCUAACCCCAGAGGAUCAUGGGAACAUCACCUGUGAAUGUUCAAAUUUGAAUGGAACAUUCAUUCUCUAUCUAAAUUUCUCUGUGGAUGAUGCUCUGGAGGAAAAGGGCAGCGACAGUUUACCAUCAGGGGCUGGAGAGGACCUAGAUGACCUCGACUCAAACCUUCAGCAACCAUCAAGUGACCUUUACUGAGCGACCUCUUCAUCACAACAACAGCAACAAAACAAAAGCUGCAUGGGAGUCUGGUUUAGGUGCAGAACUUCCUGAGGAGGCAUGGCUGGAGAGCCUCAGAAGACAAGAAAAUUAAACCAACAGACUUAAACUGAGUCCUUAUUUGCACCCACUUUUCAUAUCAAAUCUCAAUUUUUCUGCAUUUAAAUCUUCCUUUGUCUUCUCUUAAAUCUUAGCACACCUGAGUUAAAAAUCU